AUGGCAAAGGCAAGGGAUAGGACUGAAGAUUUCAAAGAUGCUGUGCGUCAAAGUGCUCGGUCUUUGGGAUAUGAUGAGGCUAAAUUGGCAUCCAUUUUGGCAUCUUUCAUUAUUCAUAAACCUCCACAAAGGUCCCCAUUCUCCAAAGCUGCAUUUAAGACGCUCGAGAGUAUUGGAGAAUUGGAUAAUUUUUUGAUAAAGCAUAGAAAGGACUAUACAGACCUGCACCGAACAACUGAACAUGAGAGAGAUAGCAUUGAGCAUGAAGUUAGUGCUUUUAUUAAAACCUGCCAACAACAAAUUGAUGUUCUUAAGAAUAGUAUAAACAACGAAGAGGAAAGCUCAAAAGGUUGGCUUGGCAUUACAACUGCAAAGGCUAACGCCGACACCAUUGCCCACAAACAUGGAGUGGUUUUAAUUUUAAGUGAGAGACUCCAUUCAGUUACGGCGCAGUUUGAUCAGCUCAGAGCUAUACGCUUCCAGGAUGCUAUUAAUAGGGCAAUACCACGAAGAAAACUUAAUCGUGUAACCAGAAAAGAUUCUGCUGAAACCUCUAAUUCAGGUGAUGCGGAGCUCAGAGAACCUGAUGAGCUGUGCAGUGAGCCUCUAAGAGUCCAGCAUCAACUCUUGGACGAUGAAACACGUGCCCUUCAGGUGGAAUUGACUAGUCUUCUAGACACAGUUCAAGAAACUGAAACUAAGAUGGUAGAAAUGUCUGCAUUAAAUCACUUGAUGGCUACACAUGUAUUGCAACAAGCUCAACAAAUUGAGCAUCUAUAUGACCAGGCUGUUCAAGCUACUAAGAAUGUUGAGCUUGGUAACAAAGAACUCUCACAAGCCAUUAAGCGGAAUAGUAGCAGCAGAACAUUUCUUUUACUAUUUUUGUUUGUGCUCACUUUUUCCAUCAUCUUUCUUGAUUGGUAUAGUUAA